GGUCAGACCGCGGCGCGCUCGUCGCCUCUCGCCACCGGCUUUAAGAAAGUGUGUCGGAUCGAGGAGGACGGCUCGUGUCCGUUCCCGGGCCCCGGCGGUGUGCUGGAGAUGAGGGUGAAGGAGGGCAGCAAGAUUCGCAAUCUGAUGGGUUUCGCCAUGGCGCGCAUGCAGAGCGACGCCCCGAGCGCCGGGCUGAGGCAGGUCGUGUUCGCCGGCUCCGGCCGCGCCGUCACCAAGACCAUCACGUGCGCCGAGAUCAUGAAGAGGAAGCUCGGGGGCCUCCACCAGAUGACCAAGCUGCGGUACAAGGGUCUGAGAGAGGUCUGGGAGAGCCAGGAGGGAGGCGACUCGGAGGUGACCGUCCACCGGACGCUCCCGUCCAUCAGCAUCCUGCUCUCCAAAGACCCGCUGGACCCGCUGGAGCCGGGCUACCAGCCUCCGGAGAACGGCUUGUGGGACGAGAGGAACGGAGGGGAGGCUUCGCAGGCGGCCGAGAAACGAUCUGUGGACUCGCCUGAGACUCCCAGCAAGCCCCAGGCCAAGAGAAUCUGUCUCUGAGGAGCUGAACAAUGCACUCUUAUAGAAAACGGUGCCAUAGAAGAACCUUUAACAUCUGAAGAACCUUUCUGUUGCACAAAAGCUUCUUUGUGGCGAACGGAGGUUCUUCAGAUUAGAAAAAGGUAAGAAAGAGAAGAGACUGAAUGCUUCUUCUAUGGCAUCCCACGAGAGUGUAAGAACAUGUUAGUUCAUAGCUUGAUUUGGGAUUUCAAAUCCAGGUUUUGAGCAUGAAGUUGAAUUCUUAGAUGCAAUCAGACCAGCGUUUCCCGGAAAUGCAUGAACCGAUUAAAAAAAACGGAAUGCAUCGGUCGUUUUUUCGCUAUUUAUUUAAACAUUCUUUGGUGGAAACCGGUCUGAUGGAGGUGAUUCAAGAUGCUUGUUCCGCUGGAAAGACGCUGAUGAAGACCACGUUAAGGUGGAGCUGGAAAGCUGACCGGCCAACACAAAUAAACAUUCACAUCUCCGGCUUGAUUUAAAGCCAGGUUUUGAGCAUGCAGUUUCAUUGUUCCCUGGAAAUGAACCGAUUAAAAUAAAACGCGACCGCUGUUGCUCUGCAAAA